AGCGCCACUGUCAUUUUUGUACAACUGCACUGCAGCGUUCCAUACCAUACAGGGGUCUGCUUGGUUGUGCCUGCUUAUUCCUCUAGUUCCUGUUCCUGGUGGCAGGUCCCCCAUAUAAACCCUUUAAGCUUAUUUAUUUACCCUGCCUGUCGAAAUAAAAUUUGGCGGACACGCGUUGGAUGGUCAUCCACACCUCUUUCCCCCGUAUACCGACAUGGAAUCGAGACGGGAACCCUCAAUAUAUAAGUUCCAGAGAUUUCUUAAUAUUAUAGUCUCUUAAGACGCGUAGGAACAUGGUAUGACAGGAAAUCAUGGGUCCCAAGAUCCUUUGCGUGGCGGAGAAGCCUAGUAUCGCGAAGGCAGUCGCAGGACAUCUUGGCGGAGGUUCUUUUGCGACAAGAAAUGUCACCGGCGCCCAGUAUACCAAGAACUAUGACUUCACUUUCAAUUUCGGCCCGCCAUGGGGAACGUGUAAUGUUACCAUGACAAGUGUACUUGGGCACUUGACCGAAGUAGAUUUCGGUCCCGAGUUUAAAGAUUGGAGAUAUCCUCCCCCCCGCAAGUUGCUUGACGGUCGUGUUCAUGUCAAAGUCCACAAUGACAAGGCGGCUAUUGCGAGGAAUAUCGAGACCCAAGCCAGGAAUGCCAGAAUUCUCUUCAUAUGGACUGAUUGUGACCGCGAAGGGGAACACAUCGGUAAUGAAGUUAGAGAACAGGCAGUCAAAGGCAACUCCUCUAUCGAAGUCAAGAGGGCAAAGUUCAGUAACAUAGAACGAGUGCACGUCAUAAAUGCAGCUAAACAUCCCAUAGAACUUGAUAGCCGUCAAGUGGAUGCAGUUGCAACUCGCAUUGAGCUUGAUCUAAGAAUCGGUUUUGCAUUUACUCGCUUUCAAACUCUCUCACUCCAGUCCCUUGGAGGCCCAUUAGGAGAUGCCAAAAUUUCUUACGGCUCAUGCCAGUUUCCCACUCUUGGGUUUGUCGUCGAUCGAUAUUUGAAGGUUCAAAACUUCGUACCAGAACCGUUCUGGAGUAUAAAGGUCACCCAUACUCGUGACGAUAUUGACGCAACAUUUCACUGGAAUCGCAACCGGCUUUUUGACCGUGCUGCCGUCACAAUACUAUUCGAACGAUGCCUCGACGCGAAAAUAGCAAAGAUCACCAAGGUCCAACAAAAGCCAACCAAGCGAUGGAAGCCACUACCGCUCACUACAGUCGAGCUGCAAAAGAUGGCUAGUCGAUUUCUACGUAUGAACAGUCAUACAGCUAUGCAGGUGGCAGAGGGCCUCUACAACAAAGGAAUGAUCAGUUACCCCCGAACAGAAACAGAUAUAUUUGACAAGGGCAUGAACCUCAAGGCACUCGUUGAGAAGCACACGCAGGACAAUCGAUGGGGACCAUUUGCCCAAAAUUUAGUCAACGGGGGCUUUCACUGGCCUCGUGCAGGGCGAAAUGACGACAAAGCACAUCCGCCGAUUCAUCCCAUUGCUGCCUUCAACGCAGACCGGAAUAGUGACGAGGGCCGCCUUUACGAGUUUGUUGUCAGGAGAUUCUUGGCAUGUUGCUCUGAAGAUGCCAUUGGAACCGCAACCGAUAUCGAGCUACAAUAUGGGCCCGAAGCUUUUCAUGCCCAUGGAGUUAUAGUACUGGAGCGCAAUUUCCUCGACGUUUACCCUUAUGAGAAAUGGACAGGAAACAUGCUCCCUAAGUUCACUCUUGGGGAACAGUUUGAGCCCAAGGAAGCCACACUUACAGAUGGCAAGACCGCAUCUCCAGGAUAUCUGACCGAACCCGAUCUUAUUGCCCUAAUGGACGCCAAUGGUAUUGGAACAGAUGCUACAAUGGCCGAACAUAUUGCAAAAAUCAAAGACAGGGGAUACGUCAUGACACAGUCAAAGGGAGGUGGUAAUGCGCCUGUUAGGGAAGACAUUGCAUCAGGAAGAGGCCGAGGUGCUGGCCGUGGUCGAGGCAGAGGGAGGGGGCGGGGAGGGGGUGCUGUCGCUGAAAGUGGCAGGUCAAGCGGAGGCGUGGAGGAAUUCAUACCAACGACUCUUGGAGUCGCGCUAAUAGAAGGAUACGACAAUAUCGGCUUCGAGGAGAAGCUGAGCAAGCCGUUUUUACGGAAGGAAUUGGAGCUCCAGCUUAAGGCCAUCUGCGACGGUACCAAGACAAAGAACGAGGUUCUGCGCGCCGAAAUAGGACUGUAUAAACGAGUCUAUGACCAGACUGAAGAGGAAGUGGGCCAUUUGAUAGCUGCGUGUCGAAGAUACAUCUUCAACGGCGGAGUGCAGUAGCAUGUUAUAUGACCCACGUUUCGCCGACGAUGCGGGGUACUUUGCGUCUUUUAUCAAGACUGUCGUAGUCGUCGUCGUGGCCACCUGGUCUGAGAACAACCACCAUGUGGUGGUUGUAUAAAACAUGUCUCAUCGGCGUUGAUCGAUGGUGGCGAGCAAAGCCGUGCCAUUUGAUCCGGUCCAGUUCUAUCGAAACGUGCCCGAUCAACUUGACCCCGCCAAACCAUGCAUGAUGCUGGUUGUGGCCGGCGCACCUGGAGCCGAUCGAUUUCCCCUCAAUAAUAGCCGAGCAAUCAGGACUUGACAAGCUAGGAACGUGGGAAUUGCAGUGUUAUUGUUGGAGCUAGCUAAGGGUUUGAUAACGUCCGACGCCGAGGGCGAACCUCUUACACACGUCAUGGCUUGGUUUUCAAUUAUCAUUUUCCGUGAGGGAAGUUUGCGAUCCGUGGGGAUCCGCGCGCACCAAGGGCAUGAAAUGAGGGCAAGUGGAGAGGGCUUUGAUAGAUAAAGCAGCGAAACCUCAAAAAUGAAUUCCUUUUGUGCGCCAGCCGAAGUGGGGAGUGGAGUCCUCGCUGUAAUGACAGUUCCCGAGAUGUGGAGAGAGAUAAGACGCGGCAAGUGAAAUCCAGCCCACAACAUGAGGUCUCGGACAGUUUUGCGCAGAAGGACGAGGUGCUUGCGGCUUCACGAUGCCCCGCCGGUGCUCCAUCUCGGGUGAUCGAGCUGGAAAUAGCUAAUUGCAUUGAGGGGCAAAAUGCGAUACACAAAACGUUUUUGGGGAUAUUCUUUGUUCAUUACGUGAGUUAAUGGCAGGGGCUUACCUUUUUCUCAGUACAGUACUUAUCCUCAGGUAAGAAAGUGUGAGUAAGGGGAUGGCUGUGGGCAGCGAGAUUAGGAAGGGAAAAGCAAGGAAGCCUGCACGGUUACUCUCUGAUUUUAAUAUGAGCGGAUUUACAGUGAAGUCCAAAAGCCCGUCGAUGUCUUCCGGGUUCUAACGCACCAUUAUCUGCAUUCCUUGCUUUUUUCUUACUGUACUCUACUGUCACUACUACUCGUAGACUGAGUCUUUGAGUCUAUCUAUCUAUCAGCUGGUCUCAGCUACGAACGAACAAAGAAAGGACGAAUAGCGACGCGUUAUUAUGCCACAAGCCACGCCAAACCACCACCACCACAAAACAUAGCCAUCGAACAGUACUUCUUACCACACUUCCACACGGUAGAAUGUGUGGUACCAAGAAGUACCCGUAUUACCUGGAGAGGUACUUGCUUGGUCCGCUAAUGUCCGCCCGUCCGCUUUGUCUCCAACCCAAUACGCUACGGCACAUGUCCCAAGAAGUACGUACUCCCACACUGACUCCCCCGGAAACACACUCGCACCCACCCAGGUAUUACUGCCCAGCCAGCCAGUGCCAGUGU